AUGAGGCUUGCACCUGAGUCUAUUCAACAACUUGAAGGAUUUGUAACACUGUUUAUCCCGCACGCCUUCUGUUGGAAGCAUCUUUGCAACACUGGAGAAGAACUACCAUCAAGAUCAAGUUCUGAAGAAUUGGCUGAAGCCAUGAAAAGCCACGACCUAGUUAUAUAUAUCGGCCAUGGAAGUGCGGUGAAGUACGUUCCCAUGCAUCAGAUUCAGAGUCUGGAAAACUGCGCUGCUACUCUUUUGAUGGGAUGUAGUAGUGGUUGUCUGACACUGAAUGGUUGUUAUAUUCCACACGGUCCUGCACUAUCUUAUCUGCUAGCCGGUUCUCCUGUCACCAUUUAUGGGAAGUGA